AAAUGAGAGACACGCCAACCCAAGCAUUGCCCUUCCCUUACAUGCUGACCACAACUAAGGAUCCUUAUCCUUCUUUGUAAUCUAUAGUUUUCUACUAUUUCUUCUUAUUUGGAUUUGGAUCUGGAUCUGAUUCUGUUCAGAUUUUGUAUCAAUAUUUGGUUUUCCUCGAAGAUAAUGGCAUCAUCUGAUAAACCCACAAACAAGAAUGGAGAAGAAGGAGAAGGAGAACAAGGGGGGUUCUUGGGAAAGGUGAAGGACUUCAUCCAUGAUAUUGGAGAGAAAAUUGAAGAAGCUGUAGGAUUUGGGAAACCUACUGCAGAUGUUACUGCUAUUCACAUUCCUUCAAUAGACCUUAAGAAGGCUGAUUUCGUUGUGGAUGCUCUUGUGAAGAAUCCAAAUCCAAUCCCAAUCCCCUUAGUUGAUGUGAAGUACUUGAUUGAGAGUGAUGGUAGGAAACUAGUUUCUGGCCUCAUCCCUGAUGCAGGGACCAUCCACGCCCAUGGUUCUGAAACUGUUAAAAUCCCUUUGACAGUGAUCUAUGAUGAUAUCAAGAGCACUUACGACGACAUUAAACCCGGUAGUGUAAUUCCUUAUAAGGUCAGGGUUGAGCUUAUUGUGGAUGUACCUGUUAUAGGAAACAUUGCACUUCCCUUGGAGAAAAAUGGUGAAAUUCCUGUGCCUUAUAAACCAGAUGUCAAUUUGGAGAAGAUUAAGUUUGAUCAGUUCUCUUUGGAAGAAACAACUGCAACCCUUCAUCUGAAAAUGGAUAACAAGAAUGAUUUUGAUUUGGGGUUGAACACAUUAGAAUAUGAGGUAUGGCUUGCCGAAGUAAGCAUAGGUGGUGCCAAGCUUUCUAAGUCAGCCCAAAUUGGCAAGAAAGAUCAAGGGGUUGUUGAGCUUCCAAUCUCAUUCAGACCAAAGGAUUUUGGGUCUGCAUUAUGGGAUAUGAUGAGAGGAAAGGGGACUGGUUACUCCAUUAAAGGGUGCAUUGAUGUGGAUACCCUAUUCGGACCGAUGAAACUUCCAUUCAAUAAGGAAGGAGGCAAUACACGAUUCAAGAAGGCAGAAGACAACGACGAUGAGGACUGAAACAACCCAUUAUGCCCUGGUUGAGGGAGAUGCUGAUCGGGAUAUCUAUUAUAGCAUGUAAUUGCUCUUUCUUGGUUGAUUCUAUGUCUGUUCUUGUGUUUGUGGGGUUUGUCUCAUUUGGCUUUAGGUGCCUCUUCCCUCCAUUAGACUUGUCUAAAGGAGGUUCUUAGUGGUCGUCUUUCCUUGCAUUCUAUUUCUUCUUUUUCUCAAUACAAUACACUUAUCCAAAAAAAAAACCAUUAUUGUGACAAAGGACCUUGGAGAAUUACUUAUAUUGUAAAAACUUAAUUAUUGAUAUUUUUUUAAUCCUA